UUCACACGCUCUAAUUAUAGCUGCCUUAAAGUCAGACGGGACUGCAGGGGAGACUUAAAACUACUGCGAAGAAACACGGAGACUUUUUUUUUUUAGUAAACCUUUUUAUGUGUUCAGAGGCUUUCGGUCAACGUUGGCCUGUUGAACUAAUGGACUGACACUUUGACACUGGAUUAAAUGUCAUGAAGACCAUGGAAUUAAUCGUGGAUCAAGGGGCAUUAUGUCAGUAAUGUAAUCUUAGUCGCCACAGAUAUUUCUCCACAGGUUUACGUCGAGGAAAGUUCAAUAUUUUGUUCAACAGCAGGCCAUAAGUUGCUCCAGUAGAAAUGAUAUGCCAUUUGUCUCUUUUAGUUGUCUUCAGUCUUUUCGUGUCUCAGUGCCACGGCGGCUGUGCGGAGGUGGACUCCAUGACUGAAGCCGUGGCAGGAGAAGGAUUCCUGCUGGGCUGCAUCUCCUGUAAGAGAAGAGAGGAGGUGUCUGCCCGAGCCACGGUGGACUGGCACUUCAAACCUCUGGGAGAGGACGAGUUCAGGCAUAUUUUCCACUAUGACCACCCCAGCGCCGACAUCCUCCAUGAAGAUUUCAACGACCGUCUGGAGUGGCAUGGGACAAAAAACAGCGAUAUUCAGAUAGGAGCCAUUUACAUUCAUGACGUCAUCUUCAAUGACACUGGGAUGUACCGCUGCACAAUCCAGCGUACCCUCUUCCUGCCGCUGUAUGAUGAGCACGUCACUGUGGAGAAGGAUGUGGAGCUCAGCGUGGUGGCUGUAGCCAAUCGGGAGCUGACAGCGGUGGUCGCAGAGAUUCUGAUGUACGUGCUGAUCGUGGUUCUGCAGCUGUGGCUCAUUGUGGUUCUGGUCUACUGUUACAAGAAGAUUUCGGAAGAGCACGAAGCUCGGGAGGCCCGUAAAGCUCUCAAGGCUCAGGCAGAGCUGUUGGAAUCAAAAGACAACUGUGAUGGGGUGCAGCUAGAGUAACAAAACCAUUGAAAAGAUCAUCUCUGCAAGAGUCAAGAUUCAUUACUGUCCUGUGAUUUUGCUAACAAAGACACAAUUACUGUAUAAGAGGUUGAUUUUGAACACGUUGGUCACGCUUAGUCUUAACCUGAUUAACUGUAAAUAGAAGCUGAUGGUGCAGAUGGCAGUAAGUAGAGAAGACUUCCUUUAGAUGGCAGUGAAACGCGUAUUAAAGUAUUAAAUGCUUGAAAGUUUGUGGAUUUGUAAAAAAAAAAAAAAAAAAAGAGCCUUUUCUGAGCCUAUAAAAU